GUCUGAAGCUGCUUUAUUUUUCUUUUUUCUUUGGGAAAUCGUGGAGUCAUGUCCUGUCUAACUGGCGUUUUGCAGCUGCUGCAAGUGCUGACAACGCUCUCGGGUUGCAACAUCUACAGAUAUUCGGAGGCAAAGAGGGAAUUCCGUGUGAAUAGAAGAACUCAUCUACUGGUCCGGGCCUUGCACAGAUUCUGGCUUCGACCCUGGCUGAUGGUGACUUUAGUGAUGCACUUUAUCUACUGGGUAAUGGAGUUUCUUAAAGGACUCACAGAUACCACACCGGGCAGCGAAAGGCCUCUGAAUCUUAUCUAUGGAAUUGGAUUGACAAUUGUCAUACAUCAGAACAUUGUCAUUAGUUUAGGAGUUGCGUAUUACUACAGGUAUCAUCGUCCUCAAAUAAGGCAGCUUCUCAAUGGCUUUGUAAGGAUCUAUCACGGCUAUGAGAGAAUCUGUGGAAGGGAACCCAUCAUCAAUUGGUGGUUCUUCUUCAUUCAAAUCUUUCGAGUUUUUUCCGCCUCGGUUUCUCCAAUGAUAAAGUCCUCAUUCCGAUUUGUGGGUUUUGGUUCGAAAGUUGAAAUUUUUGUAAGAGAUUCAGGUGUGCUCUUCAUAUGCCUUCAGCCUUUUCUACUAUCUGUGGUGGGUCACUUGGCCAUAUUGAUCCUUUACGCCUGCUAUAAUAUUCAAGUGCAAAGUGGUAAAAGGAGAAGAUCCUUACAGCUUCUGGACUACUAUCGACACUUGAUUACACUUAGACAAAAUCUGGAUUUUCUGGUAAGACCGAUUGUCUGGACAUUGAUGUUGGAGAACAUUCUACUAUUCAUAGGCGGCUUCCAUUUGUCCCUUUACGAUAUGCAAUCUGUUGGGCAUAUGGGAAAAUCUAUGCUUGUGAGUUCUAUAUUUCCCUUAACUCUUUUGCAUGUUAAUGCAAACAUAAGAUUCAUGGAAAGAGAGUUUGGAAAACUUAAAGCUGACGGCAAAGAGCAGCCUCAGCUACAAAUGUUUUGGCUAUACCAGAAGGUAAUGCAAGGAACUCACGAUAAAAGUGAACUGAAUGUUUUUAAUCUGGAUCGUGAAUUUAUUUUGGAAUCAUUAAGACUUGCUUGGGUUUAUGCAAUGUUUACAAAUAGCAUUUUGCUGAAUAGUACUGCCAGGUUUAAGCAUUUUGAGAGUGUCCAGUUUAAGAAGCUUUUGUAG